CUCUACUCUUCAGCGCUAGAUUCAAACAGCAGAGAAGGCAGCUGAACCAAGAAAAGUAAAAGUAAAGGAGAGAAGGAACUGACUAGUAUAAUUCAGUACUAUAAAAGGCUCUUUUACUUUUCCAUUCAGACUUCAUCAGACAGCUUUCAGAAAGACAAUCUUUUAGUGUUAAUUGUUGCAGAAUUUUGUAAAAGUCAAAUAUGAUGAUCAGCAGAGUCCUUGUUGCCUCUAUUGUGGUGCUCCUGGCCUUCCUGGCCAUCAGUGAAGGGAUGAGUCUGAGAAGCCUGGGAGUGGAGCUGCACUGCCGCUGCAUCCAGACAGAGUCCAAACCCAUCCUCCGCCACAUCGAGAAGGUGGAAUUGAUUCCUGCCAACUCCCACUGCGACGAGACUGAGAUCAUUGCCACUCUGAAAAAGACAGGCCAACAGGUUUGCCUGGACCCUAAAGCUCCCUGGGUGAAGAAUGUGAUUAAAAGGAUCCUGUCCAACAAAAAACGGUGAACAGACCAGGAGAGAUGUGCUUCAUGAGUCUGAGCCAUUU